UUAGAAUGCUUCUCGCAACUUUUGAAGUUAUGCGUUUACCGGAUAACAUUAAAAAUAUUUUGUUGACUGCAAUGAACGAAUACAGUGGUUUCGACAUGGUAGAAGAAAAUUCUUUGCAUUUUGAAGAACCAUUUAAGGAUCGGGAAAUGGAAAUUGUUGAAGAUCAAGAAUGGGCAGACGCCCUGCAUGAACCAGAACUUCCGCCUGAUACAUGCACUCGUGAUGACGAAGACUUAUCUUACGAGUACAAAUUAAGGGCCGUUGAGUAUUGGCGCAGCGGGAAGACAGGAAAUUUAGGUUUGGGAAGUGUUAAACAAAAGUUCAAGAAAGUGCAAUCUAUACGACAGUUGCGGCGGUGGGCCCACAAUUUGAACAAGGGGGGGACAUACAAAGAAAAAUUAGCACGAAUUUGUGGAUACACUUUGGAAAAUUUCAAAGCUGCUGUGGAUGCUGGUUUAAUAGUGCACGAUUCCGAUUUAAAAAAAUGGGCCUUGCAUGCUCAAAAAGAAGUAGGGCAUACUGAUUUUCGUUUCAAAGCAUCUCGUACGUGGAUAAACUCAUUCAAAGCAGCUCAUCGUAUCGUAUCGAGAAAAAUUAAUAAAUUCAUUACAUCCAAAACAAUUGAAGAUGGAAAAGUCUUGGAACAACAAAGUCAAAAAUUUGUCGAUGACGUAAAGCAAAAUAUUAGAACGUACGAAUUGUCAAAUACAUUUAACGCAGAUCAGAGUGGCUUCCAACUAGAAAUGCAUUCAGGAAGAACUUAAGCGAUCGAAGGAGAAAAGCAAGUACAAUGUCUUGUACAAUCAGUCUCUUCUACGACUCACAGUUACACUAUUCAGCCGACUAUAUCAGCUGACGGCAAGCUGCUAUCUCCUCUAUUUUUAGUUUUAAAAGAACCAACUGGCAAGAUUGGUCCAUUAGUGGAGAAAACGCUUUUCAGACCCGAUAAUGUGUACAUAGAAGUAUCCAAGUCUGGGAAGCUUACUUCAGAUCAUUUUAAAAUUUGGUUGGAGCAUGUAUUUUUCCCGAAAGUUGGCCCAAAAUCAUUAU